AUGAUUCUACCAGCUGAAGAAGUUAUUGAAGAGGAAGUAGAGAAGAAAGAUAAUCAACCACAGAUAAGGAAGAUCAAGGAUAUGGAGAAAUCGACUCAGGACUUGUUCAUAGGAUUUAUUCAAAAAGGAUCUAAAAUGCUAGCAUCUGCAUUAAAUAAUAAGGUUAUAGAAGAGCCAUCAGAUGUUGAGGUUCUGGAGGAAAAAGAUUUGCAAGUAGAAGCUGUUGUAGAAGCAAUUUUAAAGAGUAGGGGAAUUGAAAGUGCUACAAAUACUCAGGCUCCAAAAGUUAUUGUAGGAGUAGAGAAAUUGCAGAAGCUACAAUAG